GAUUUAUUUUAAAACAUUCCUUCCACGCCUACUCGUGAGUAGGGAUGUUAAUGUAAACCGUCACUAUUCCACCCUGUGCGUCCAUCAUACAGAGCCCAAAGGUGUUUUCAGUUUCCCGCCCUAGGCGCUGGGCAGAGGUGGGCCCUCUUCACUGCCACAAACAGGUAGCCAGCCUCUCUAGGACCUUGCCGCCUUCCUUUCCCUUCCCCACUGCCUGCCCACAGGACCAGGAGCUCAGUGACUCGAACUAUAUUUGCCCCUCCACAACAGUCAUUAGUAAACUCUCCACCCAAGCAGGUGCAAAACCUGCAGAAGCCCAGACGCGAAGCACGCCGGGAAAUGGAGUAGCGGCCUUGCCUGCCCGGAGCAUGCCGGGAGUUGAAGUCCGGCCCCCUCACAGGCUGUGAGGGAGCGCAAGGGGCGUGGGCAGCGGCUCAGACGUGCAGGCGGGUACGGCUCUUCCCGGGCAGCAUGGCGGAUACGGCCCCUCAACUCAAAAGAAAGCGCGAACCCGAGGCAGAGGAGGCGGAGACCCCCAGCAGAGACGAGAAGGAAGCAGGCGUUGGCAAUGGUGCCUCCGCCCCCGUCCGCUUGCCGUUCUCCGGCUUUAGAGUACAAAAAGUGCUGAGGGAGUCUGCGCGGGACAAAAUCAUUUUCCUGCACGGGAAGGUGAAUGAGGACUCUGGGGACACCCAUGGAGAAGAUGCUGUUGUGAUCCUGGAGAAGACGCCGUUUCAGGUAGAACACGUGGCGCAACUCCUAACAGGCAGUCCUGAGCUCAAGUUGCAAUUCUCCAAUGAUAUCUACAGCACCUAUAACCUGUUUCCUCCAAGGCAUCUGAGUGAUAUAAAGACAACUGUGGUGUACCCUGCCACAGAGAAACACCUGCAAAAAUACAUGCGUCAGGAUCUCCGCCUGAUCCGAGAGACUGGAGACGACUACAGGAGCAUCACUUUACCCCACCUGGAGUCCCAGAGCCUCAGCAUCCAGUGGGUGUAUAAUAUUCUUGACAAGAAGGCUGAAGCUGACCGGAUUGUUUUUGAGAACCCAGACCCUUCUGAUGGCUUUGUCCUCAUCCCAGACCUCAAGUGGAACCAGCAGCAGCUUGAUGACCUGUACUUGAUCGCCAUCUGCCAUCGCCGGGGUAUCAAAUCACUUCGGGACCUCACUCCAGAGCACCUGCCACUACUGAGGAACAUUCUCCGGGAAGGACAAGAAGCCAUCCGGAAGCGCUACCAGGUGACAGGAGACCAACUGCGUGUGUACCUACACUACCUGCCCUCUUACUAUCACCUGCACGUGCACUUCACUGCCCUGGGCUUCGAGGCCCCCGGCUCAGGCGUGGAGCGGGCACACCUGCUGGCUGAAGUCAUCGAGAACCUGGAGUGUGACCCCAAGCACUAUCAACAGCGCACUCUUACUUUUGCGCUUAGGACCGAUGACCCCCUGCUUCAGCUCCUGCAAGGAAGCCAGCGACCCUGAGUUGCUAAGAGUGCCUGAAGAGAGAGGAACUAGUGGGCCGGGCUUGGGGUGGUGUGGGCUGGGUUUUUAUCUCCGAGGGAUUUUCCUGAAACGUAUUUUGUAAUUUCUUGGCCUUUUAGCAAAGGUCAAGUGUAUGAUGUAUUUUGUACUGUUGUAUUCCUCACAGGAGAAUAAAGUACUUUCUUAUUGA